AUGGGAAUAGAAGUCUGCGUGAAGGCCGCUUCAGGUGCACCUGAUGUUCUUGGUGACUGUCCUUUCAGUCAAAGGGUUCUUGUCACCUUAGAGGAGAACCCUUACAAGACUCAUCUCAUCAACACUUCACUCAUACCCCACUGGUUCUUGGCUAUUAGUCCCGAGGGAAAGUUUCCGUUGGUGAAGUUCGAUGACGAUGAGAAUUGGGUGGCUGAUUCCGAUGUUAUAGUUGGAAUCAUCGAGGAGAAGUAUCCGGAGCCUUCCCUGGUGAUGGUUCCUCCCGAGUUUGCCUCUCUGGGAUCCAAUAUCAUCGGUGGUUUUAUCAUGUUUCUGAAGAGCAAAGAUCAUGCCAAUGACGGAACUGAGAAGGUUUUGUUGGAUGAGCUCGAGGCGUUGGAAUUCGUGGUUGGUGAAACUCUCAAGGCGGCGGAUUGGAACCUAGCGGCGAAGCUUUACCAUCUAGAUAUCGCGUUAGAUUUCAAGGAAUGGCCUGUCCCUGAGAACCCGACCAAUGUCCAAUGUUUUCUUUGA